UCCGACCGUGUUGUUAUUAGUUGAGAGUGCUUAUGGAUUGAUCGACGGGUAGUGGGAAGGUAUACGCAUAGCGCUGCCACAAAUCCUUGGAGGAAAUUGUCUAGUUUCUUUUGUUCGCGUUAUGGACACGUUGCUUGAAGCCGCCAAGUUCGUAGAAUCCUCCGCUCGAGGAACAUCGAAGGACGAUUCGGCAAUCGCACGUGUUCACUCUCCCUCCGUUCACACCGAAAGGAGAAGAGCAAUUUCGGAAUGUGAGCCCCUUGAGAGACGACGAAGACCUGGAGGGGCCGGGACAAGAGAAACGCACAACAAACUAGAGAAAAACAGGCGCGCGCACUUGAAAGAAUGCUUCGAUAUCUUGAAGAAAGAAGUUCCCUCGUUGGAAGACAAGAAAACAUCUAACUUAAACAUCUUGAGAAGUGCGUUGAAGCACAUACAGACCUUGAAGAAACGUGAACGUGAUUUUGAAGCAGAGAGAGACCUUCUGAAAGUCAGCAACAGCACCAGCAAGCAGCGAUUGUUAGUAUUGAAGAACGAGUUGAUCCUUGAACAGGAACUUAUAAAGGCUCCCUCGCAAGGAGGCAACGAUUCCAAGGCUUGCCAGCCUCUCAGUGAGACAACAUCGGUGCAGACCGAGGUAAAAGUGAAAAGCGAAGAAAAACAAACCUCACCAGUUUCCGUUGCAACUCAGACCUCGUUCACCUCUGGUGAGGAAUCUGAUGUAGAUGGCACCAGUGUGAAAGUGGAAGCUGUCACUAACGGAGAGGUGGAGCACUCCAACGUAGAGAAGCAUGAGAAGGAAGCUUCUGAGGACGACGAAGAUGAAGACGUAGACGUGGAAGGAGAAAUUACAGACGACAACACUGAGGACGUGGAUGCCUCGGUGAAAGCGGAGGUGGCGAGGUUACCAGACCCUGUGCUUUCGUCUGGAAAAGUCUCUUCAUCCAAGAGGAAAGCAGCAGCUGGAGAUGAUGGCAAUAAAUUGGAGGCCAAAAAGACCAACAUCAAAUGCUGCGCACGUGUCAGCUGCUAAGCACGAUACUUAACAAAAUAUUUGAUGAGGUCAUGGCCAAUCUCACUGUUGUGUCACUCAGUGACCAGAUCUUGCAUACCAUGUAUGGCUACUAAGGGGAAGUGUGGUUAGGUACCAGAUCUGCAAUGCAGGUUGAAACGUUGUAAUUUAAAUAUCUCUUUAUCUAGGUAUUGGGGUUUUCUGUUGUGUACGUGAAGAUUUCUUUUAGGUUCUCUCUUAGCCCCUGUAGCUUGAGCUUUGAUGGCCGAGCGCGAGUAGUCGAUGGCGUGUUAAGACACGUGUAUUCCUUCAAAUCAACUUCAAGCGUUUUGCUGUUUGCUCGUUUGUAGCCGUCUGGCAAGUUUCUUAGAUAUCACUUGCAAGGGAGGGAAACAGUUUUAAAGGGUUGAGAGGGUUGUUAUCUUUUCGAAAAUAGGGUAUUGCAUCGGGUCUAAGGUUCUUGGACCAAAAGAAAAAAUGAGGAAUGUUUGGUUUCAGUUAAGUUUAGUUUUAACUCAGUAACGGCUCUUCAGCAUAGCUGGAAAACAGCGUUGCAAUUUGAUUUAGUGUUGUUUCAGAUGUGUUGCUAAGCGACGCGGCCUAACGUUAUAACGUCAUGCAGCUGUAACGCGGGUGAAAAACUCCCAGUUUCUCGACUGCUUGUACUUCAGUUUGACUAAAUGGCGGUCAUCAUUACUCUUCGAUUCAGCCAUUUUCUAGAGAUGUUCAAGCCUCGUUUGUCAGUGUUAAGUGUAUUUAAGGUGUUUUAAAAGUAGGCGAACAGUUGAGUAAAGAACUUCCACUAAAGGAUUGUUCAAACGACUGAUAACAUUCCAUCCAAAAUUCUACUUAUUAUAACGAUCGUUGUACAGGGUUCUUUCGUCACGGACGGCCCUCUGCGUGGCAUUAUUUUCCAUAACGCAAUUGGCUCUGCUCAGGGUAUAUCUUGCUCUGAUUACAUUGAUUCGUUAAGAAAUGUCGUUCUUUCUCGUCGCAUCAUGACUCCAUGACAAUGGUUUGGAACAAACCCAAACCAAAAACGAAGUAUUAAGGAUUAUCCCAGAAUCAUUAACCCUUAAGUGAGAAAUAGUUGUUGGGAUUUUCAUAUAACACUAAUGAUGUCGACCCUUCCACCCCUCUUAUUUUAGUAGUAUCGAGUGAUACUGCUAAAGUAUUGUUUAGUAAGACCGUGCUAUUUAAGGAUACGCCAAGAACUCUCUUGUACGAUUGACGAGAGAACUGUUUAUUUUUUUCAUGUUCUAACCUUGUGUGGAAAGCUAUAUGUGAAGAAAUAGCUUUAAACCCACAAGGUGCAUGUACAAUUUGUGAUGUCUAAUUUUAAUUUCACUGAACAAAUUUACAAGUGGCGUGAUUCAAAAGAAAUCUCCUGAGCGGUGUCUCAUUUUGUGGCCAAGUACCGUUCCGUGUAUGACGAAUUCAACGCCUUUGAGCGGUGCCUAUAUGAAGUACCGUUUACUGCAGAUGACAGAGUACUUGAGAAGGUUCUUCGUUAGUCCCCUGUAUGUCGCUCUGAGUGACUCAAAUUGAAAAAAAAUCCUUUAGGGUAACCAUAGUGGACGCUUGUGUGGUACUGUUGAUCUUUUUUGACGUGGAGUUAUUUUUUUAAGUUUUAGACUUUGAGUGAAACAGUGCGAAUCCUUAAAGAUCCCAUGUUUUAAAAAAAAGCAACAUUUCCUAUCUAGACCUUGUGCAUUUAUGAAAUAAUAUACUGCCUCGGUGUAUGUUAGGAAGAAAGGAGGUGGAGAAGUAGUAGUUGCUACUAUGUAGCUUUAGAGGGGUCUGUAAAUGAGACUGCUGUGAAUAAACAGGCCGUAUUUGUCCAUUUUGGGACAGUGA